AAACGUUUGAUUCUCAUCUGUCAAGAUGGAGCUGCAUAUAAUCAUUCUCUCUCUAGUAUUUGUUCUCUCAGCUGGUACUGAAUUUGAACAUGAAGCAAUUCAAUUUCAAGUGUGCUCCAAUACAGAACAAGAGUUUUUUAUUGGAUAUGAUGGAGAGGAAAUAUGGCAUGCUGACUUUGCUCAGAAGAGAGGAGUCGAUACAUCACCAAAGUUUGCAGAUGAUGUGACAUUCCCUGGGUUUUAUGAACGUGCCAUUCAAUAUAUAUCUGGUUGCAAAUCAAAUUUACUUGUCUUCAUUAAAAGCUUCAAGAACCCACCGCCAGAAAUGGAUGCACCGCAGACAUCCAUCUAUUCAAAGGGUUAUGUACAGCUGGGAGUUCAGAACACCCUUGUCUGUCAUGUGACUGGCUUCUAUCCUCCGUUUGUCAACAUCUCAUGGACUAAGAAUAAUGUUAUCGUGACAGAGGGUAUGAGAUUGAGUUUGUACCAUCCGAGGUUAGAUGGCACCUUCAACAUUUUCUCCACUCUUACGUUCAUGCCUGCUGAAGGAGACAUUUACAGCUGCACAGUGGACCAUGAAGCACUCCAGGGCCAACCUCAGACCAAAUUAUGGGAUGUUGAUGUUGUCCUCCCAAGCGUUGGUCCAUUAGUGUUCUGUGGAGUAGGUCUGACUCUUGGACUUUUGGGUCUGGCUAUUGGAACUUUCUUUAUUGUUAAGGGGAAAAAUUGCCACUGAUAAUGGAAGCAAACUUCUGCAAAGGUCUCUUUAUUGUAUUGUAACGUAACAUGAUAGCAUUAUAUUGACUUAGACAAUUGCAUACAAGCACAUUCAUGUUUCUGUUUUCUGUGACUUUAUGUAACAUGACAUAAAAUUGUACUAAAGAUCUAAAGAUUUUUAAUUAAAUUUUCUAAAAAUCAUUGCAUUACAUUUACAAUUCACAAUCUACUGACAAAUUCAUUUGUUAAAAAAAAUAUAUAUUUUUGUUGGUUGCACUAUUCUGGACAGUGGUUUUUGGCUAUUUGACUUUUUACUUUUUAUGUCUUCUUAAUUUGUUUUUGGAUGAUGUAAAUGUGUUGUGAAGUGGUUCAAUUCACUUUGGCGACCCCUGAUUAAUAAAGGGACUAAGCCGAAAAUAAAAUAAUUGAAUGAA